AUGACGCAGUAUAGCCUUAUGCUCAUGGUCAUGGGUAAGGGUAAAUCUUCAUCUCAGAGUCUCCAUGGCCCAAAUUACACUCAAAAUGCUAGCGAAGCAUUUCCCUGUGGAAGGAAAACAAUAGCAAUGAUGCUGCUCUCACUGCUACUUGUGCUUGUUCUUUCAGCAUAUUAUCCUGAGCAGAUUUUCUGGUACUCUCCAAUGCCAAAACACAUCUAUCAUCAGACGGCCAUCAACCGUCCUGACGACAAUGCAGAAGACUGCAAUCUGUUCAAUGGAACAUGGGUUAGGGAUUUUGGAGGGCCGAUUUACACUAACACAACCUGCCCAACGAUACCAGAGUCAAAGAACUGUGGAAAGGGGAAGGCAUUGGCUUUUGCUGGGGAUUCAAUUGCACGGAACCAGAUGGAAUCGCUGCUUUGUUUACUGUCUCAGGUAGAAGCUCCAAUCAGAGUUAGUAGUGACACCAAAGAUAAAUUUGUCACCUGGCACUUCCAGUCAUAUAACUUUACUCUCAUGGCACUGUGGAGCAAAUUCAUAGUAAAAGAUUCGGAAAGGCAAAUCAAUGGCACAGCAUUGGGAGAGCACGACAUACACUUGGAUAAACUUGAUCCAAUUUUAGCUGCAAACUUACACCGGAUCAAUAUUUUAGUCAUAUCCACCUCGCGUUGGUUCUUCAGAAAAAAUUACCUAUAUGAAGGUGAGAAACUCAUUGGAUGCAUAUAUUGUUCUGAGGAUAACAUCACAAGAUUCAGCGUCCCUAUGGCUAUUCAGAGGGCCUUUCGAACAGCUCUAAAUAGCUUGAAAGACUGCCAGGAGUGCACGCUGCAACUGACAGUGGUAAGAACAACAACAUCAGCACACUUUGAAAAUGGUUUGUGGAAUACUGGAGGAUCUUGCAAUAGAACUGAACCACUGAGAGAGGAAGCAAUGGUUGAUGAAACUGAUUGGGCAAUAAGAAAUGUACAGGUUGAGGAAGCUGAUAGAACACAAAAGAACAGAAGAAAGGGAGGGGUCAAAAUAGAUAUUAUAGAUAUAACCAAAGCUAUGUCAAUGAGACCUGAUGCACACCCAGAUAUCCAUUGGAAUAACCAGUGGGUGAAUGGUUACAGUGACUGUUCGCAUUGGUGUCUGCCGGGACCAAUUGAUAUGUGGAACGAGCUAUUGCUUGCUGUGCUUGACAAAUAUAAGAACAGCUUGGAAGAUUAA